AUGAUCGCUAAUAAUAUAGCGUAUAUUACUGCGCUAUUUAGUUACUUGCUAAUUGCCCAUUCGCAUUUCGUUCCUGCAACUAAUCAAAAGUCAUCUUCAUUCCAAAUAGAAAACGAUGCACCAGUUGACGUAGAAUUGUUGCAACAGGACUCACUUAUGUAUCAGCUAUAUGGAGAUUUGUUACAGUCUCGUAAUGGAGAAGAAAGUGAAGUUGCUGCUGCCCGGCCUUUGAUCAAAGUUCAUCCAGAAGAGACGGAUGAGGAAUUUAGGGGAAUGUGUUCGUUCUACAACGAUCACGAGAAUGAAUAUCCAGAAGACGAUUUUGAGGACGAUUUACUUCAGUUCACUGGUAUUGUUUCCUUUGCACACACCCCUAUUGCCCAAUGUUUCAGAAACACUUCGUUGGAGAUGGAUAUCGCUAUUGUUGGUGCCCCAUUUGAUACCAGCGUGUCUUAUAGACCAGGCGCUAGAUUUGGCCCUAACGGAAUAAGACAAGGCUCCAGAAGAUUAGGAAACGGUAUUUCUCCUGUUAGAGGUUUCCCGGGAUCGAAGUUACGUAAACUAGAUCCUUACCACUCUGGAUAUAAGAUCGUUGACUGUGGGGAUAUCCCAAUGACUCCAUUUGACAACAAACUAGCUCUUAAUCAAUUGUACAGGGGACAAAGAGCGUUGCACAACCACUCAUCAUUAGUUCAUAAAGAGCAGCCACCAAAAUUAAUCACCUUGGGUGGGGACCAUACGAUUACACUUAUGGCUCUGCGUUCUGCUUAUGAACAUUACGGCAAGGUUUCUGUCAUCCAUUUUGAUUCUCAUUUGGAUACUUGGGAUCCAAAAGUUUUAGGAGGUAAUAUAUCCAAGCGUGCUGGUCUUAACCACGGAACAUUCCUGCACUUCGCUCAUGAAAAUGGCUAUCUCCAAGAUGAUAAAAAUAUUCAUGUUGGGAUUAGAGCCCCUUACAUUGCACCUGGAUUCUAUGAUGAAGAUCAUGAUUACGAAUGUGGAUUCGAAAAGAUUGUCGCCAGAGAUUUGGACAUAAUCAGCUUGAAAGAGGUGGUGUCUGCCAUAAAAAAACGUGUAGGGGAUGGACCAGUGUAUAUUUCUGUUGAUAUUGAUGUGGUUGAUUUAGCUUCUGCUCCAGGAACUGGUACACCAGAAACCGGUGGGUUAACUUCAAGGGAAUUGCUCACAAUCCUUGACGGAUUGGAAGGACUCAAUAUUAUUGGUGCCGAUAUUGUCGAAGUGCUUCCUGCUUUUGAUACGAACGGCGAUAUUACAACAAUUAUUGCUGCCCAAGUAGUAGACUCUAUUUUGGGAUUAAUGACCGUGGAUUCGGUCGAAAAUUAA